AUGGCUCUUCCAAAACCAAAAUAUUCUCUGGAUGAUUCCUGUUCGAUAUUAUACAAUAAUACCUUAUACACAUACAAUAGCGAAGCGUUUCAAUCGCUGGCGUUGGUUCAGGGCGCGAAAUGGACGCAGUUACCCCAAGGAGAAUCAGUGACCGGAGGAGUUUGUGUGAAGACAACACCUGCCGACGGGCAGGACGCACUGUACGUCGUCGGCGGAACGAGUAGUAAUGCUACAGGCAUAUACCCAGGUCUUCAGCGAUACAGUUUCGAUGAUGGGAAAUGGGAGUCUAUAACUACUAAGGUAUUAGUAGCCCAAAAUCGGCUCUGGCACAGUGCCGUCUACCUAAAUGCGUCCAACUCUAUUCUAAUGUACGCGGGAAGCCAAGACGGCGGGCAAUCUCUAUCUUCUCAGACCUUCACAAUAACAGCAUCGCCUCCUUAUAAUGUUCUGUCGUAUCCGGCUAUAGCACCACCCGCUAUACAACCUCUCUUGCUUCCAUGGUCAUCGGACUCUGCAAUUUAUAUCGGUGGCACUGACACGAAUACUGACGUGAUGAAAUUUAAUCCAACGACAUCUUGGAUCAAUUCAAACAGCAGCUUAGCGUCUCCAAUAUAUAAUACUUCGGCUGUCAAAGCAGUUGUCAUGACGGGCGACGAUGGAAGCAAAAACCUUUAUACUUUCGAUAUGACCGUGGCACCAAAUGUUGUUAAUAGAACCAUAUUGGUGGAUGGCACUGGAAGUCCAGUGCAAAGUGCGGAAGCGAUUGUAUCAGCAAGCACGGCGGGAAAACGAGCUGCGAAAAGAGUCAAGAGGAGAAGUCUUACUGAGGCUAACUGGCCUGCUUAUAAUGGUACAUUGGCUCCAACAUCCACAAGGACAUCAUAUUCGGUCGCUAUGGGCGCAGCUGGACAGAUAGUGAUAUCUGGUGGAAACGAAGAUGAUGUUCUGUGCAUAUUCGGAGCGAGAGAAAAUUCAUGGGUCAAUGCCACAUCACUAUUGGUAAAAUCUACCACGGAACAAAUCAUCGUACCGUCAUCAUCCUCGUCGAGUACAAGUCCUUCUAUACCUUCCAGUACUGGUAAUUCUACUGCCGUCUCAGGUGAUUCGACCGAUAAGGCUGGCAGCACGUUUCCAGCAAAGGUAUUGGGUGCAGUACUGGGAUCUAUAAUUGGAACCGCCAUCCUUGUUAUUGGUUUGUUAAUCCUCUUCCGAUGGCGACGGAAACAGAAGGAUCUCAAGAACGCACAUGCAAAUGGGUAUCCUCAUGAAAAAGACGAGUUUGAGUUUUCGGAUAGGGGUCUGCCUAAAAUGCACUCAUCAAUACCCCCGCCGCGUCAUGGACAAUCGGCUUCUCAGGGUUCAUUUUCCUCAAUGGCCAUUUUAAUGGGUCGUAUAGGGCAUCGAAGAGGAGAGGAUGAUAAAGGUAACGCGAGCGCGGGAAGUGGCACAAGCAGCCAAUUCAACAGUAACUACAAGACUGUGAUAAACGAUCCUACACCAACGGAUCAGACCUUUGCUCAAAAUGCGUUGGCCAAAGAGGUUUCAUUAGGUCAAGAUGCAGUUACAUCGCGACCCCGUAAUCCUGGAGCACAGAGACGAGGUAGUACAAGAAGAUCCUCAGGCUGGAAUCGAUAUUGGUCUGGUGGAAGUGCAAUGACGAGUUUUCUGGGGAUUGGAGAAUCGAAACGAAGUACCACCAAUGGUGACGACGACACCAGCUCCCGAUACUCUGAUCCAAGGCUACCAACUCAGCUUAAUACUCAGAGAUUUCCAAGCCAAAUUACCACAACAUCCGCUUUCGUGCCUUCACUCAAGAUUCCGAUUCCAGGAGAUACUCCACUGUACCGAGUAGCAACUAAUAGUCCUACGGUAUCUACCGCUGGAAGCCAUUUCCCUGUGGCAGCAGAGAUGUCCGGCAAGAUUGAAGGCCUCCGACCUGAUUCGUACGUGAGCAAUACUUCAUCUUAUAAUGAUCGAUCUGAUGCAUACUCGAGUGGAAUUCCAGAAAGUGUUAAUGAUCCAGAAUCAUGGGCAAUGGGUCAUCAAGAUUGGUCUCACAAUCGUCCCAGCAAUGCUUACACCGUAAGCGUAUAUACAACCGCAAACAGAGAUACUGUUGGGGGGAAUAGUCUUGCGCGUCAAUCACCUCAACCGCCAACACCCACACAACAACAAAAUCAAUCCUCAAUCCCCUCAGAUAUGAGCUGGUUGAAUCUUGGUACCAAAAAUCGAAUAUGA